CCGCCGCCAUGAGCAGCGCCGAGAUGGGCAAGUUCAACAUCUCUCCCGACGAGGACAGCAGCAGUUACAGCUCCAACAGCAACGACUUCGCCUACCCUUACCCCACCAAGCCGGCUGCCAUGAAGAGCCACUAUGCGGAUAUUGAUCCAGAGAAUCAAAAUUUCUUGCUCGACUCCAAUCUUGGAAAGAAGAAAUAUGAAACUCAGUAUCAUCCGGGUACUACUUCCUUUGGAAUGUCAGUAUUUAAUCUGAGCAAUGCUAUUGUGGGUAGUGGCAUCCUUGGUCUUUCUUAUGCCAUGGCUAACACUGGAAUUGCUCUUUUUGUGAUACUCCUGCUGGUUGUCUCAAUAUUUUCUUUGUAUUCAGUGCAUCUCCUUUUGAAGACUGCUAAUGAAGGAGGAUCUUUGUUGUAUGAACAGUUGGGAAUGAAGGCAUUUGGUAUGGCUGGAAAACUUGCUGCUUCUGGAUCAAUUACAAUGCAGAACAUUGGAGCUAUGUCAAGCUACCUCUUCAUAGUGAAAUAUGAGUUACCAUUGGUCAUCAAGACAUUUAUGAACAUCGAAGAGACCACAGGAGAAUGGUAUCUUAAUGGUGACUAUUUAGUGCUGCUGGUGUCUCUCAUCCUUAUUCUUCCCCUGUCAUUACUGAAAAAUUUAGGGUAUUUGGGCUAUACGAGUGGCUUUUCCUUGCUGUGUAUGGUUUUCUUCCUGAUUGUGGUAAUUUGGAAGAUGUUUCAGAUUCCUUGUCCUAUGGAUGCCAUGAACAUGACAUUAAUAAAUGUGACAUUGGCACCUUUGAUAAAUGAAAACAUAACGAGGGAUGAUGUGUGCAAGCCAAAAUAUUUCAUCUUCAAUUCACAGACUGUCUAUGCUGUCCCAAUCCUAACAUUUUCUUUUGUCUGCCAUCCUGCAAUUCUUCCUAUCUAUGAAGAACUGAAAAGCCGAAGCCGUAAAAGAAUGAUGAAUGUGUCCUAUGUGUCUUUUUUUGCCAUGUUCCUCAUGUAUUUAUUGGCUGCUCUCUUUGGAUACCUGACAUUUUAUGGAAGAGUUGAGCCAGAGCUGCUACAUACCUACUCUGCUUAUCUGGGUGCUGAUGUUCUUCUUCUUAUUGUGCGUCUCGCUGUACUUAUGGCUGUAACCCUCACUGUACCUGUAGUUAUUUUCCCAAUCCGCAGUUCCAUUACCCAACUGUUGUGGGCAGGGACAGAGUUCAACUGGUGGCGUACUGUGCCAUCACAGUUGCUCUUUCACUGUGCCAUUACAGUUGCUCUUCUGGGGUUUACCAACGUGCUCGUUAUCUUUGUCCCUACUAUUCGAGACAUCUUUGGAUUCAUCGGUGCAUCUGCAGCUGCCAUGCUGAUCUUUAUACUUCCUUCUGCCUUCUACAUCAAAUUAGUGAAGAAGGAACCAAUGAAGUCAGUGCAAAAGAUUGGGGCUGCGUUCUUCUUCCUAAGUGGUAUACUUGUGAUGACUGGGUGUAUGACACUGAUCAUUCUAGACUGGACCCAGAAUGUUCCAUCUGAUGGCCAUUAACUGUCUGGCUUAAUCUCUAAUACUCCACUUCAAAUGCUGGUGUUCACUCAGAUACCUACUGAGAAUGAAAAUGAGCUAUUCGGCUUCCUUUAAAAUGCAGAUUCUUUAUUGAUGGUUCUUCUGAUUGUAGAAUACCUGAACUCUGUCUUUAAGAAACUAUUCUGCAUGAUGGAAGUGGAUAUUGACAUCAAACCACGUGAGUGUCUGGCUGAAGGAAGUGACAACUUUAUUCCAUUCCAGAGAAUGGACAGAACUCUCUGUAGACUUUUAUCAAGCCAUGUUUGGCUUUUGUCAUUGUUACUUGGAUAUUUUGUUAUUUUACUUGAAUGUGCCUAAUGGAACCA